CCUCGCGUGGACGCGCGCGCGCGCGCUCGCAGCCUAAUGGCAGAAGCGGGCUAGGCUGGGCUAAGCUGAGAGGAAAGGGCUGUCAGCUGGGAGGCAGCCUGUCCUCCCCGGAGCCUGCAAGGAUGCGGCAGGGGACUGAGACCAUGGGGAGGUGCUAACUUCCUCUCCAACCCCCCAGCCCGGGAUCCGGGCUGGCAUACCCGGCCCCCGGGGCUAGUUUCCUGCCAAGCUCAACCAAGAAGCCAAAGGCGCCUUGGAGGGCAUAAAAAGAAAGAGUGGUGCUGAAGAGGGGCGACCACGUCCAGAGCCGGACCCUCUGCAAACCCAGGAAAAAAGAAGGAAGGGGAUCAGACACUGGCGAGGGGACGCAAGAACCUUAGUCUGCAGACUCGCUGGAGAGCCUCCCUGGAGACCUGGGCGCUCUGCGCCAUCGUCUUCAAUGCCUCUCUGAAGAUCAUUUAACAAGAGUGUGAGAGAAAGAGAGGAGAGGAGCGCGCCAGGGAGAGGAGCAAAGAAAAUGAGGAUUAUUUGCAGACAGAUUGUCUUGUUGUUUUCUGGAUUUUGGGGACUCGCCAUGGGAGCCUUUCCGAGCAGCGUUCAAAUAGGUGGUCUUUUCAUCCGAAACACAGACCAGGAAUACACUGCUUUCAGAUUGGCAAUCUUUCUUCAUAACACCAGCCCCAAUGCCUCUGAAGCUCCUUUCAAUUUGGUACCUCAUGUGGACAACAUUGAGACAGCCAACAGUUUUGCUGUGACAAAUGCCUUCUGUUCCCAGUAUUCUAGAGGAGUGUUCGCCAUUUUUGGACUCUAUGACAAGAGGUCAGUGCACACCUUGACCUCGUUCUGCAGUGCCCUGCACAUCUCCCUCAUCACGCCGAGCUUCCCCACUGAAGGGGAGAGCCAGUUUGUGCUGCAGCUGCGGCCUUCGCUGAGAGGUGCACUCCUGAGCCUUCUGGAUCACUAUGAAUGGAAUUGUUUUGUCUUCCUGUACGAUACAGACAGGGGAUAUUCAAUACUUCAAGCUAUUAUGGAAAAAGCAGGACAGAAUGGAUGGCAUGUCAGUGCGAUAUGUGUGGAAAAUUUUAACGAUGUCAGCUACAGGCAACUGCUAGAAGAACUUGACAGAAGACAAGAGAAGAAAUUUGUAAUAGAUUGUGAGAUAGAGAGGCUUCAAAACAUUUUAGAACAAAUUGUGAGUGUUGGAAAGCAUGUCAAAGGCUACCAUUAUAUCAUCGCAAAUUUGGGUUUCAAGGAUAUUUCCCUUGAGAGAUUUAUACAUGGAGGAGCAAAUGUCACUGGAUUCCAGUUGGUAGAUUUUAAUACUCCCAUGGUAACCAAGCUAAUGGAUCGCUGGAAGAAAUUAGAUCAGAGAGAGUAUCCAGGGUCUGAAACCCCUCCAAAGUACACCUCUGCUCUGACUUACGAUGGAGUCCUGGUGAUGGCUGAAACUUUCCGAAGUCUCAGAAGACAGAAAAUUGAUAUCUCAAGGAGAGGAAAUGCUGGGGAUUGUCUGGCAAACCCUGCUGCUCCCUGGGGGCAGGGGAUUGACAUGGAGAGAACACUAAAGCAGGUUCGAAUUCAAGGGCUGACUGGGAAUGUUCAAUUUGACCACUAUGGACGUAGAGUUAAUUACACAAUGGAUGUGUUUGAACUCAAAAGCACAGGACCUCGAAAGGUUGGCUACUGGAACGAUAUGGAUAAAUUGGUCUUGAUUCAAGAUGUACCCACUCUCGGCAAUGACACAGCAGCCAUCGAGAACAGAACAGUGGUUGUAACCACAAUUAUGGAGUCUCCCUAUGUUAUGUACAAGAAAAAUCAUGAAAUGUUUGAAGGAAAUGACAAGUACGAAGGCUACUGUGUAGACUUGGCAUCUGAAAUUGCAAAACACAUCGGUAUAAAGUAUAAAAUUGCCAUUGUCCCUGAUGGAAAAUAUGGAGCCAGGGAUGCAGACACUAAAAUCUGGAAUGGGAUGGUAGGAGAGCUUGUGUAUGGGAAAGCAGAGAUUGCUAUCGCACCUCUGACGAUCACUCUGGUACGAGAGGAGGUCAUCGACUUCUCGAAGCCUUUCAUGAGCUUGGGCAUCUCUAUCAUGAUCAAAAAGCCUCAGAAAUCUAAACCAGGGGUAUUUUCCUUCCUGGACCCUCUGGCCUACGAGAUCUGGAUGUGCAUAGUGUUUGCCUACAUCGGCGUCAGCGUGGUCCUGUUCCUCGUCAGCAGGUUUAGUCCGUAUGAGUGGCACACAGAAGAGCCUGAGGAUGGAAAGGAAGGACCCAGCGACCAGCCUCCCAACGAGUUCGGCAUCUUUAACAGCCUCUGGUUUUCUCUGGGUGCCUUUAUGCAGCAGGGAUGUGACAUUUCACCCAGAUCCCUGUCAGGUCGAAUUGUUGGAGGCGUCUGGUGGUUCUUCACACUCAUCAUUAUAUCAUCUUACACGGCUAAUCUGGCUGCGUUCCUGACUGUGGAGAGGAUGGUCUCCCCCAUAGAAAGUGCAGAAGACCUGGCCAAACAAACAGAAAUUGCCUAUGGAACACUUGAUUCGGGGUCAACAAAAGAAUUCUUCAGAAGAUCAAAAAUAGCAGUGUAUGAAAAGAUGUGGACCUACAUGCGAUCAGCAGAGCCGUCUGUGUUCACUAGGACUACAGCUGAGGGCGUGGCUCGAGUCCGCAAGUCCAAGGGCAAAUUUGCCUUUCUCCUGGAAUCCACGAUGAAUGAAUACAUUGAGCAGCGGAAGCCCUGUGACACGAUGAAAGUGGGAGGAAACCUGGAUUCCAAAGGCUACGGUGUAGCAACGCCCAAGGGUUCCUCAUUAAGAACUCCUGUAAACCUUGCCGUUUUGAAACUCAGUGAGGCAGGCGUCUUAGACAAGCUGAAAAACAAAUGGUGGUACGAUAAAGGCGAAUGUGGACCCAAGGACUCGGGGAGUAAGGACAAGACGAGUGCCUUGAGCCUGAGCAACGUAGCAGGCGUCUUCUACAUUCUGGUCGGCGGCUUGGGCUUGGCAAUGCUGGUGGCUUUGAUUGAGUUCUGUUACAAGUCCAGGGCAGAGGCGAAGAGAAUGAAGGUGGCAAAGAGUGCACAGACUUUUAACCCAACUUCCUCGCAGAAUACCCACAAUUUAGCAACCUAUAGAGAAGCUGACUUUUUCCGAAGCCAUAAGAAACAAAGCCAGGUUAUCCAUCACCGGGAGCGUGGGAGAGAACGGCCGCGUGCUCACGCCGGACUGCCCCAAGGCCGUGCACACAGGAACUGCAAUUAGACAAAGUUCGGGAUUGGCUGUCAUUGCAUCGGACCUACCAUAAAAACCAAAAAAAUAAUUGAGUGCCUUAAUUAAACUGUGUUGGUGACUGAUGGAAACGCAGCCCCGAGGGACAGGCGCAACACGUAUUUUGGCUAAACCCAUCCUUUGGCUGAGAGCAGGAAGGACAUACUGAGCGCCGGACAAAACCAGUGCAUGAGUUCAGCACGGAAAUGCAGACUCGGAUUUUAUAUCAGGAAAAUUCACUAUUUAGUUUUGUUUUGUUUGUUUUUUUAUUUUUUCGGGGUGGGGGGAGUGGGUGGGGAUACCGAGGAUGGGUGUAUUAACAGCAACAAAUUUCACUUGAGCGCACUUAAAACUAAUCAGACUGGCCAGUUAGCGCAUUAAACUGUGAAGUUCUUUCCCAGAAAGGUCUCGGUCACCACAGCAAGGGAUUCAACAGUUAAUAGAGGUCAAGGAACCUGCUACCUGUGUCUCCACAACACCCAUGUAGUCGAUGGAGUAAUCUGCAGCCGAGACAAGCAGUCACUAAGAUGUGAUAAGAAAAUAAUAAACAUGUAAAUCCUGUGGAAAAAAAAAACACAACAAAAUUUAAAGAAAGUAUUUACAGUUACUUUGGAAAUAAAACAAUACUGAAACAUGCUUGCUUUUUAACUGAAGUAAAUACAGUAGAGGACAACAAAAUUGUUUUUUCUAACCAUCUUAGGGAACAAUACAUUGCAAUAAUUGAUAAUAAUGCCAUCACUGUAAUAAACUUUAGAGUCUUUUUUUUUAAUGUAAAAGUUGUUGGUCACUUUGUUUCCUGUAACCUUCACUCUGUCACACAAGUUGGCUCAUGGAUUGUGUUUGUCUAUCAGGAACAAAAAGAAAAAAAAAAAAAACAAGUGAAGAAAAUAUUGACAUGAAGUCAUCUAUCUGCAAUGUAGAAUUAAAAAGACUACGGGUCACUCAUGUUAUCAGUAUAAUUUAUAAUCCUGUUCUGUGUACAAAGUUGUGGUUUUUGUACCCACCCAAAAGAAUAAAACAGUUUUUCUUACAGUAUCUAUCUACAGAGCUUAAAUUUUUUCCCUAUACUUAUACAAGUUAUUUGAGGAACUAUAAGACUCUGUGAGGGACUAUGGGAGUCAAGGGAUAGGCCAUAUACGAAAAUGUAGCUUUCUUUAUUAUUCCUCCAUACUAUGCUUCCCCUUGUUUAUCUCUUGGGCCCAUUUGUUAACAGAUUAGGUUGUCAAAGAUAGAAUCUUUGAAUCCGGGAAUGAACCACUGUUCUAACACCAACAUGCCCUGUGUGGGAAUUUUACUUGGCUCUAUUUUGCUGCAUAAAAUUCAGUGCCUCUUGGGCAUUCCCUUCAUUCCCAUACUUCCAUUUAAAUUCUUGAAGGCACUGAUAACAGUUUAGGGUAAAUCACAGUUGAAAAAUCCCAAUCCUUAUUUUUACCCAGAAAUCGUGAAUAAAAUUGUGCUGUGUUCAUUUUUAAGAAAACAGAGCCCUUUUGGUUCAAAAAAGUCUGCUUCAUUUGGAAUGGUGAAUGACUUCAGUGAUAUGGCUAAAAAUCGUGGCUCCAGGGAUCUUUGCGGAAAGCACAAGUCAGGAUGAUUCGCAAAGCGUGGCCUAAAGGAUGAGCGGAGUGAACCAGUGAUAAGAGUCUAAGGUGAGCAGCAGACCAAGCCACUCCUGCCCUCCUCAGUGCUCCAUGUGCGAGGCCCGUGCAGCAGGGGAGUCUGGUGAGGGCACAGGGUGGGACGCUCUGCUGGAAGAAAACGGAGGACUGAUUUCCUUCCUUCAGUGCUUAUAAUCCACAUCCAGUAUCUGUGUGUCACUACAGUGUGGUCCUUAUAACAGAUGUAUGCGCUCUCCCUCAGGAAGGGUUGACUCUCUGCUGCUGAGCAAAUGAUUGGUUUCACAGUCCGGGCCCUCCCUGAUGUCUUCCUCUUCUCUCACUCCAAUCCAACUCCUCAGCCAGCAAUUAGACCUCCACAGCACACGGAGCCUGGCAUCUGCCAUUUUUCUUCAGCCCAUAGAUCUUCUCUGUCUUUACCUGACCGUCAGCCAUCCCGCAGCACUCAAAUUGAAUUUUAAUGGUACUGUGAAGACUGCCACGAUCGCCCACUACACCUGCCCAUGACACCGCGUCCCAUGCCAUUCUUAAUGCUCCUUACCCACCAGGGCACUCACCAUACUGCAUUGUAAUUG